AUGUCAUCUACGACGAAAGCUUCAAGAAUAGGGGAAGAGACGCGGGUCGAUAAAGUCAAUGCAGAGCUGGUCACAUUAACCUACGGGACAAUCGUGGCGCAAUUAUGCCAGGACUACGAUAGCGACUACCAAGAGGUCAACAAGCAACUGGACAAGAUGGGCUAUAACAUCGGCAUGCGGCUGAUCGAGGACUUCCUGGCUAAAUCAGGCGUGGGCCGGUGCGCCAACUUCCGGGAGACGGCCGAUAUGAUUGCCAAGGUGGGCUUUAAGAUCUUCCUGAACGUGACGCCAACCGUCACGAAUUGGACGAGCGACAACAACCAGUUCUCGCUCAUCUUCGACGAAAACCCGCUGGCCGACUUUGUCGAGCUGCCAGAUGACGGGCGCUCGCAGGAUGAGCUGUGGUUCUCCAACAUCCUGUGCGGCGUUCUGCGCGGCUCACUAGAGAUGGUCCAAAUGCAGAUCGAGGCGCACUUUGUUAGUGACGUGCUGCGUGGUGACGAUACGACGGAGAUGCGAGUGUCCCUAGUGCGGUAUAUCGAGGACGAGAUGCCGCCGGAGGAAGAGUAG